GCAGACAGAGACCUUCAUCACAACAGCCUCGUACACGUCUGCAGAGCGCCACAACGCCAUGGAGCACACGCAGGUCAUUGUGGAACCUUGGAUGCACUUUCCAGCCCUGAUGCAUUGGACCAACAACACAACAACCUCUACCCCACCCGACUCUGCCCUUUCUGAGGAAUGGGAGCUGGUCUACACCCUGGUCCCUCCGUACAUCUUCACCAUCUCCGCUUUGGGCCUCCUCUUCAACAGCUUCGUCCUGGUUGUCUUCCUCUCCACCAGGGACCGACUCACAGUCGCCGAGAUCUACCUUAGCAACCUAGCGCUAGCUGAUUUCCUCCUCAUGUGCUGCUUGCCGUUUUGGGCCACAAACAUCCUCGCCAAAUUCAACUGGCCCUACGGCGAUGCACUGUGCAAGACCGUCAACUCUGUCAUCGUCGUCAACUUGUAUGUUAGCAUCCUCACGCUAGUCAUGAUUAGCGUGGACCGGUACUUAGCACUGGUGAAGACUAUGAAAGCGCUAUGGCUGCGUCGGACACUUUACGCAAAAAUGAUCUGCUUCAUUUUGUGGGUUGUCGGAGUUUUGCUAAGUCUUCCAACGCUAAUCCAUAGAAAGGUAGUGUACAUAGAAGAACUGAAGACCCUUUCUUGCAUUUUGGAUUACAGACAUGAAAGUUCUUGGAAGCUUGCCCAUCAGAUAGUCAUGAACUUUGGUGGAUUUGCACUUCCGCUUCUGGUAAUUGUCUUUUGCAGCUCCAACAUAAUAAGAUCGCUAUCGAAAAGGAGGGAGAUAGCUUUCCACAAAUUCAGCGAUACGAAGGCUACUACAUUAGUCUACACAGUCACCCUGGUUUUUCUUUUAUGCUGGAGUCCUUUUCAAAUCUUCACUUUUUUAGAUAUUCUUUGCGAUCUGAAUGUGCUAGAAGAAACAAAGUGGUACCACGCACUAGAUAUAGGAGGGCAGGUGUCGGUGUAUCUCGCGUUUCUGAAUAGCGUGUUGAAUCCGUUGCUCUACAUAUGCUCCGGCCAGUAUUUCCAGAAGAAGGUUAGCGCCAUCUGCAGGCGGAGCAGGAGAGACAGGAGGGGAUCGGACAUGACUAUGUACCAGAGGUCGAUCAUAUCCACAUACGUCAACAGAACGGAGCAGAUCAAGCCGGUGGUGCUGUACACAAAGGAACAUUUGUGA